GCUGUCAGAGAUUGGCUUACCACCCAAGUGGAGGCUCCGUGGCUGCUGCCCAGAGCACGAAGGAGUCACUAGUGCCAAGGCACCGACAGCCCGGGCUCAGAAAAGAUCUCCCUGGGCAGGAGCCAUGGCUCGGCCACCUCCCUACUGGCUCUGCCUGCUGGGGACCGUGAUAGGGCUCUCAGCCACCCCAGCUUCCAAGAGCUGUCCAGUCAGACAUUACUGGACACGGGGAGGACUGUGCUGCCAACUGUGUAAGCCAGGUACUUUCUUUGUAAGUGACUGUAGCCAGAACAGAACAGCUGCCCUGUGUGAACCGUGUACACCAGGCGUCUCCUUCUCUCCAGACUUCCACACCCGGCCCCACUGUGAAAGCUGCAGGCACUGUAACUCUGGCCUACUCAUUCGCAACUGCACAAUCGCUGCUAAUGCUGAGUGCGCCUGCUCCAAGGGCUGGCAGUGCAGGGACCAGGAGUGUACGGAGUGUGAUCCUCCCCUAAACCCGGCACUGACCACACAGCCAUCUGUGGCCCCAGGCCCACACCCACAACCCACCCACUUACCUUAUGCCCAAGAGAUGGCAGAGGCCAGGACGGUCUGGCCUGUACACACCAGGCAGUUUCCUGCCUCAACUCUGUAUAACCACUGGCCAUCCCAAAGACCCCUGUGCAGUUCAGACUGUGUCCGAAUCUUUGUGACCUUCUCCGGCAUGUUUCUUGUCUUCAUCCUGUGUGGAAUCUUGUUCUUCCAUCAAAGAAGAAAUCGUGGACUAAAUGAAGAUAGCCAGGCAGAGCCUGAAGAGCCUUGUCCUUACAGUUGCCCCAGGGAAGAGGAGGGCAGUGCCAUCCCCAUCCAAGAAGACUACCGGAAACCUGAGCCUGCUUCCUACCCUUGAGCCAGCACAGGGUGGGGCUUUCCACUGAGGCACCGCCCCGGGGGAUCUCCCCUACCACCCUCAUCAGAGCCCUUUCCUGUGUACACUUGACAAACUGCACUUCUGAGACUGAUAGCGACAACAGCAGGAUCCCCAAUGUGUUUGGUCCAGCAAACUUGGGGCAGCCCAGGCUCUGGAUAUAAAGCACACUUAUUAUAAAUGAAGCCCUACAGCUGGCAAAAUUACAAGCUGAAAAUGGCCAGCCACUCAGCAGUGAAGAACACACAUUGUUCUGUUGGAGGACCAGUAUUGUCAUAUUGAAUGGGCCACCAGGGGAAGCCCUGCAGAAGCCCUGGUUCCACCUGCCAGAGAGACACUAUCUACAGACACACGUACUUCCUGCUUUGGUUUCAUCUUCUCUAGAAGUCGACGCUGCUGUGAGCAAAGUAGAGAGUGUGGCUUUCUCUCGGCUUAAGUUAAAACUGUAAAUAAACUCGUUUUUCUAGUUCUA